ACAACUAGUUACUAGUGUCUAGUCUCCGCAGAUUUGAGAAAGUGAGAGGAUGAAAGGAUGGCAUUCCAAUCAACCAAGUUUAUGAAUCCCUUGCCAAGAUUAUUUGAUCACGAUUGGUUUUCUCUGGAUGAAAGGCUUGACGAUGAUGCUUUAUUGGCACAAGAAGAAGAUGAAUACAAAUUUAUGAUGAAAGAAAUUGCUGAUAAAGGUUAUGAUCUUCUUUCAAUUGGAGAAACUAAAGAAGCAUCUGAGGUUGCGGAAGAAGAAAUAGAGGAUGGUGAAGAUGAAGAAUCAGCUGGAGUACUUGAUGAUGAAACUGAUGAAUAUGAUGGAACAAGUCCUGAGCCUGGGGGAGCAGUUCUAAAUCCUGGCCAAGAAGUUGAGAUGGAAGAGGAUACUGACGCCAAUCGCAGUGAACAAGAAUCCACACCUGCAUGGAUUUAAAUUAGGAUAUUAACUCCCAGACUUAUGACAAUCGAAAAGGCUAGUUCUGUUUUCAAGAAUACAUCAACAAAUACAACUUUUUGGCAAUGUUACUGCAAAAAUACACAUACAAGCAACAAAGUAACACCAUCUGGUAGCACAUCUUGUAAUAAAGCACAACUUUAAAGUCAAAGGAGUUGAAUACCAAUGGUCUAAUGGUUGUGUAUUUCUAAAAAAUAUAGGGUUUUGAAAUUUUUAUAGUACCCAAAUAUAGGAUGUUACCACUUAUUUUGACUUAUGGUAAAUCUGCUGUUGAUAAUAUUAUGUAAAUAUUAAUUUUUUUUAUUUAUGAAAUAAGUCUUGUAUAUUAAUCAAAUGAGAAUAUAUAUGCAGGGG